UCAACCCAACGUCGCAUUUCGAGAACUCUGAUUCGGCGAAUUGAUUUGAUAGAACGAAUCCUUCAAAAUCGAAGUUUUCGAUUCUCUCUGGAGAACAGGGGGACUGAAUUUUACUUAGCUACGAAUCGCCAUGGCUUUGAACCUUCGCCAGAAGCAAACAGAAUGUAUAAUUCGAAUGUUGAAUUUGAACCAGCCGUUGAACUCAACGUCGACCGGGAACGAAGAAGAGGUUUACAAGAUCUUGAUCUUCGACAGAUUUUGCCAGAACAUACUAUCUCCUUUGAUUCAUGUCAAGGAUCUUCGCAAACAUGGGAUCACUCUUUAUUUUCUCAUCGACAAGGAUCGAAAACCUGUUCACGAUGUGCCCGCAGUGUAUUUCGUCCAACCGAGUAAGAUCAACAUAGAUAGAAUUGUUGCUGAUGCUUCUCGUUUUCUCUAUGAUAGCUUUUAUUUAAACUUCUCUUCUUCUAUUCCUCGUCCUCUUCUUGAGGAUCUCGCAUCUGGGACGCUGAAUUCGGAUUCGGUACAACGAAUCGCCAAGGUUCACGACCAGUAUUUGGAGUUCGUUACAUUGGAAGAUAAUCUGUUUUCGUUAGCACAGAAGAGUCUAUAUGUCCAAAUGAACGAUCCCUCAGCCGGAGAUCGUGAAAUUGAGGAGAUUAUAGAGAGAAUCGUGAGUGGGUUGUUUAGUGUUUUGGCUACGCUUGCUGUAGUGCCUGUUAUUCGAUGCCAACGAGGAGGGCCAGCGGAAAUGGUUGCCUCGGCACUGGAUCAGAGGUUGAGAGAUCAUUUGUUAUCGAAGAACAAUUUAUUUACAGAGGGUGGAGGAUUUGCUAGCUCCUUCCAGCGUCCGAUUCUGUGUCUGUUUGAUCGAAAUUUUGAGUUAUCUGUAGGAAUACAGCAUGAUUUUAGGUACAGACCUUUAGUUCAUGAUGUUCUAGGAUUGAAACUGAAUAGAUUGAGUGUGCAGGGUGAAAAGGGUGGGAUGAAAUCAUAUGAAUUAGAUAGUUCAGACCCAUUUUGGGUUGCAAAUGGGUCUUUGGAGUUUCCAGAAGUUGCAGUGGAGAUUGAGACUCAGUUGAAUAAGUAUAAGAGAGAUGUUGAUGAGGUGAAUAGAAGAACUGGUGGGACUGAUGGAGCUGAGUUUGAUGGAACAGAUUUGAUUGGGAACACAAAGCAUUUGAUGAAUGCAGUGAAUUCAUUGCCAGAAUUGACUGAAAGGAAGCAAGUUAUUGAUAAGCAUACAAACAUUGCUACUGUAUUGUUAGGUGAGAUCAAGGAGAGGUCACUUGAUUCAUAUGCGAAAAAGGAGAAUGACAUGAUGGCCAGAGGCGGGAUCGAUCGGAACGAACUCUUGAGUGUGCUCAAAGGGAAGGGUACUAAGAUGGAUAAGCUCCGAUUUGCUGUUAUAUAUCUUAUCUCUUCUGAAACUCUAAACCAAUCCGAAGUGGAAGCUGUGGAAGUUGCUCUGAGGGAAUCGGAGGUUGAUACUAGUGCAUUUCAAUAUGUCAAGAAGAUCAAGUCAUUGAAUGUCUCAUUCUCAUCAGCAAAUUCAGCUAGCAGAAGUAACAUUGUGGAUUGGGCUGAAAAACUAUAUGGACAGUCAAUUAGUGCAGUGACUGCUGGUGUUAAAAACCUUUUGUCUAGUGAUAGGCAGCUUGCACUGACUAGGACGGUAGAGGGGUUGAUGGAAGGAAAGCCGAAUCCCGAAAUUGAUACUUUCCUCACAUUCGAUCCACGUGCUCCAAAGUCAAGUUCUGGAACAAGUAGCAGCCACUUGAAAGGACCAUUUAAGGAAGCAAUUGUGUUCAUGAUUGGAGGGGGUAACUAUGUGGAGUACGGGAGCUUGCAAGAGCUGGCAAUGAAUCAGCAGCCAGUCAAGCAUAUAAUAUACGGUAGCACCGAAAUCCUCACCGGAGUUGAGUUUGUGGAGCAGCUUUCGCUUUUGGGGCAGAAGAUGGGACUUGGCAAUGUUGCUGCUGCUGCUGCUCCUCCUUCAGGUCGUUAACUGAACUCCCUUCUGUAGAAUUUCUUUGUCCAUUGCAGUUCCUUAGAUUGGCUAAUUGAUUAAACAAAUUGUUGCAUCUGCAACAAUUUUGGAUAAGAACAUUUUGGGUCAUAGAAUCUACCCACCUCCGUCGUUUAUGAGGCCGCUUUUUUUUCUUGAAAUCAGACUCUUGAUUGGCCUCAGCCUCCGGUAAUUUGGGAAGAAUGCCUUUUUGUAUAUGUUAGUUUGUCCAUUUUAAUAACUUUUUGUAUUCUUUAGAAGUUUUAUGUAUUUGGAAAUUCACUUGCGCCAAACAUUCUUUUGUCAAAGCUUGAGUCCUAAAUUUCUUUGUUAAAUGAUAUCUACAAAGAUAUCUAGGUUAUAUGUGUAAUGUAGGGCUUUUCAUUUCUAUUGUUGGUUAUUCACUUCCUGAAGCCAGCUUUGCUUCA